AUGCGUCGAGGUCCAUAUAAGAAGUAUUUACACCGCUACGGCGACGGUGUAAUUCCUCGUUCAACUAAUUACAAACAAUUACAACGGCUCCGUGAAACUUUCGAAAAUGAUUUUACUGAUGUUCCUACCGAAACUGUUGAUAUUAUUACACAGUCUGCAACAAUAAAUGAAACUGAAACAAUUGUAGAACCUGCCGAUCACCAAAGCUUACAUAUGCCAAAUAUAAAUAGGAAUUUAAGACUUUGUGAGGACAACGAAAUAAAUCAAGGUCAUAAAAAUUUGUGGAUUCAUAAUCAAAACAAUGAAGGAUUGAAGAAUGAAGAAAAUUUAUGGUUUUAUGAUGAUUACAAUGAACAAAGUCAAGAAGAUGAAAUUUGGUUUGAUGCAGAAGAAUCGGGAUCGAUUGAAUUUCCUCACGAGAAUUUUAAUGAUGAAGAUAAUGAGUUUCAAUAUGAUGAACGUCGUACCAAUGAAGAUACAUAUAAUCAGCCUCUCUGCAAUUGUACAUCAAUAACGCAAGGAGAAGCGUUAUUAAUGACCCUUUUAUUAGGAGUAGAAGAAUCUUUAACGUGGAAAACCAUCACUGCAAUAUUAUCACUGAUUAACACUUUGUUCGGUAAGAAGGUAGUUCUGGAUUCAAAAUAUAAACUGUUCAAGACCUUACAAUUAAAUGAAAAAAUUAUAUCCUAUCAUUUGUUUUGUAAUGAUUGCAUGUUUUAUUUUGGUAUUCAAAAAAACUCGAAUACUGAAGGAUUAAUGUGUGAAAAUUGUGGUGAUCUAGAUGAACCGUCAAAUAUUUCAUUUUUUAUAACCCUUGAUAUGGAGACACAAUUAACAGCAAUACUACUGGACCCUGAAGUGCAGCAAACAUUAUUUGAGCAUUUUGAAAAUAAAAAUAAUUUUGUAGAUAACAGCAUCAUUCAAAAUAUUACCGAUGGACAAGUAUACAAAAAAUUAUCUGAAGCGAAUGGUCCAUUGUCAGAAAAUUAUAACUUAACGUAUACAUUUAACACCGAUGGGUGUCAAAAAUCUAAGUCCAGUAAAAUUUCUUCUUGGCCAAUAUUUGCAGUUAUCAAUGAAUUACCUAUUAAACUACAAAAAAAACACAUGUUUAUGUCUGGAAUAUGGGUUAAUAAUAAAGACCCAGACAUGCAGUUGUUUUUAAAACCAUUCGUUGAUAAAGCAAAUAAAUUAUCUGACAAAGGUAUUGAAUGGAAAUUAAAAGAUAAAGUCAUAACGAGUAAAUUUAUUCCAAUAUGUGCAGUUGUGGAUUCUGUUGCAAGAUGCAAAAUGUUAAAUAUGAAACAAUUUAAUGGUUUAUAUGGAUGCACAUUUUGUGAGCAUCCUACAGAUUCUGUGGAUGGAUCUAGAAAAUAUUGUAUAUCAACAGUAAUUCCACGAGAUCGCACUGAUGUAUCAAUAAAAAAAAACAUGGAACUUGUAGCUAAGAAUAAAUAUGGGACCAGCAUUAUGGGUGUUUUGGGGCCAUCAGCAUUAAUGAAUUUGAAUCAUUUUGAUAUUGCUGAUGGAAUGUCUCCCGACUACAUGCAUGCUUUUUUGAUAGGUGCUGUGAAGCAGCACACAAAUAUUAUGUUAACAUCAUUUGGAAGAGAAUAUUAUGUUGGUAAUCCUGACCAACUGAAAGUUAUAGAUAAAAGAUUACUGAAUUUUAAACAUCCAACGUGCAUAACGCGGUCAUCUAGAAGUAUCGUUGACAGAGAAAUGUGGAAAGCAAAUGAAUGGCGGUCAUGGCUGCUUUUCUAUUCUUUAAUUUGUCUGAAAGGAAUUCUUCCAGAAAAAUAUUUAAACCAUCUUGCUUUGCUAGCGGAAGCAUUAGGAAAAUAUUUCCAUGAAACAAGUCAAGUAACAGUACACAAUAUUGAAAAAUGUAAACUCUCUCAAAAUUUACGUUUGUGCGAACCAGAAAUGAUAUUGCAACCUUGUAUUUUGACUAAAAUACAAGAUCAAUAUUACGUUAUUAAAAUACCCAAAGGAUGCUGUAAGAAUGAUUGA